GUCGUCGCCUCUCGCGAGAUUCACGUCGUCACAGCGGAAAACAUUUUAUACCUUCAUAGAUAACGACUAAUUUCGAGUUUGAAAUAUUCCGAAUUAAAGAAUAUCGCCAACGCUGCCGGCUGGAGGAAUAUAUAUUUAAUAUAAACGCGUGUGCUCUUUCGAUUUUUUUUUAGUGCAUUAUUUGGAUUUUGGGGCCACAAAAAAAGUGCUGAAAGUGCUGGCGGGCACAAUAAACGCUGCACCUGUCUCACCUGAGCGCUUCAAGCCACAAAAGUGUAAAGUGCAGCGGCGACUCUUUGCUUUUCCGCCGCUUUUUUUGCCUUUUGUUUUUCCUCGCGAUUUCGAGAUCCGAGAUUCAGCAAGAAUUCUGCGAGCGUGUGCGCGAGUGGUUGCUGUUGUUAUUGCUGCCGCGCUCUAAUUGCUAGGCUUCGUGCGGAGAAUUCUUCAGGCGCUUCUUUUUCUUCUUCUUGGGACGCCCGCACCGCAAAUGAGCUGCUUGUGAAGACAUCCCGCAAUAUGAUGACGAUGACAGCAGCCUCGGCUUCGAUAUCCACAUCCGCAUCGCUGACCAACUCGGCGUCAACGGACUGCAGCAGCAGCAUGCAGGGAUCGACGACCAGUUCGGCGUCCAGCGAUGUGAUGACCUUGACGACCACGGCGGCCUCCUCGUGGUGUGCCAUACCGGCGAGCUCCCGCCUCCGCGUUCUGCGCCUGGUGAGGCCGCAUCAGAGGCGACUACUGGUCGGCGGACCAGAAAGGGGCAGCACCUACGGAUUCACGGUGCGCGGAGGACGGGAACACGGCACCGGAUUCUUUGUGUCCCAUGUGGAGCACGGCGGGGAGGCACACCUGAAGGGUUUGCGGAUUGGCGACCAGAUCUUGCGGAUCAAUGGCUUUCGGCUGGACGAUGCCGUGCACAAGGAGUUCAUCCAACUGGUGGCUGGCCAGGAUCGGGUGACCCUGAAAGUGCGGGGUGUGGGAAUGCUGCCUGUGAGGGACUUACCAGAGGAGCGCUUAUCCUGGAGCGUGGUGAAGUUACCCAGCGUAAGCGGCACUCCCUCGGAGAGUUCCUUCAAGGGCGAAAGGCGCGGUGCGAGCCGCGACAUCAGUGUGGUCCUCCAUGUGGCGCCCAGGACGAAGCUGGGACUGGGGAUUUGCAAGGGACCCGAGUGGAAGCCGGGCAUCUUCGUGCAGUUCACAAAGGAUCGGAGUGUCGCCCGGGAGGCGGGAUUACGGCCAGGUGACCAGAUCCUCAGCGUCAACAGCAUCGACUUCUCGGACGUCCUCUUUAGCGAGGCCGUGGCCGUGAUGAAGAGCAGCAGCAAGCUGGACAUGGUGGUGCGCACAGCGGCUGGAUGUGACCUCUUCCCGGGUGAAUCCAGUGGCUACAAUAGCUCUGCCAGUUCGGUGACGGGAGAUCAGAGCCCUUGUUGGGCGGACGCCAAGUCCAAGCGAUUGACGGCUGUCAGGGAGGAGUCCGGAGCAGGUGGAGGUGGCUGUGGCUUAAGCUCAGCACCCGGGGCAGGUAGUCCAAAUUGGUCGCAGGGCGUUGAGGUGCACAAGCAGAUGAACAAGACCAUCAUAAAGUUGACGGAGAAUGGGACUUCUAUAAACAACACAUAUAUAGCCAGUACCGGUGGCAGUUCCGUUUCGGGCUCCGGAUCGACUGGCAGCGGAACUUCCGGCCGCAGUCAGCAGUCACAAUCGAAUCCAUCUAAUCCCUCCCGCAAUUCAACCACCAUGAAGCGCAGCCAUCUGAGGCCGGUUAAUUCCGCUGGUUCCGGUAUAGGAUUAUCAAGCGGAUCUGCUGGAUCUGCUGGAUCUGCUGGAUCUUCUGGAUCAGGAUCAAGAUCAGGUGGGGUCAUCGCACCUGCACCUGCUCCACCGCCGCCGGCCAUGAAUGAAGGAGCCAAUGCCAGUGGCUCAGUGGGCAGCAGUCUCUCCAGUGCCAUAACCGAGGAGCUCAAGAAGCGCAAAGAGAAGCAGCAGCAGCAGCAGCAUCAGCAGCGCCACAAUCGAGAUAGAGAUCGGGAUGGAAAUGGAAACGUGGAUCGUCAACUGACGGGCCACAAUGGAAAUGGAGGGCACCGCAGCUCCGUUGGCCAAGUGUCGCAUCGCCAGCGGGCGAAUGUUGCUGGCGUGGCUGCCACACUGCAGGGCAGCGAACGCAUUAGCAAUUUGACAGGCGGCGGAGGAGCAGGAGGGGCAGGUGGUUCAAAUGGAGCUGCCGGAGCUGGAGGAGAUCAGCACACGGCGCUUAUGGACGAAUUCAAGCGGGCGCACCAGCGAAUGUUCAGGAACGGGUUCCAUGAGAGCGAGCACAAGGAGCGCGGCGAAACGCUGAAACGCACCUCGAUUAUGCCCGACGAGAGCUGUUAUCGGAAUAGUAUCAAUAGUAACAACAACAAUGGCUUCAGCAGGAACAGGAGCAACAGCAAUACAAACAACAACAAUCGCCUGCAGUCCCAGAACGGAGUGAAUCCGGCGAAUGGCAAUGGGUCGCCGGAACUGCCGCCACCGCCACCACAGUUCGCCAAUCCCCAGCCAAAGCAGAUGCCGCCCCAACACAUCAAGCCCAUGACCGGAAACGCAGCGGCAAACGGAAGCGGAAGUGCAAAUGGGCUGGGCAACGGCAGCUUGGCCAAGGUCAGGCAACCCAUGUCGCCCAUGCGCAGUGCCAGCAUUAGUGUGGGCGGAUUCCGACCACCAGCCACGCCCCAGCCCGACUACGAUGCCGUCCAGAUAAGAUCCUCGCAAGGAAGCGAAUCGGUGUCUGGGCGAGAUGUGGCCACGAGCCAGCAGCAGCGGCGAACCCUGCGACUGGGCACAGUGACCAUUGGGGAGUAUGGGGAUCAGAGGACGACGGGGAAGCGGGAAACGCUACGCAAAACGAAUGGAGAGCCCGCUUCCAAUGGGAUCCUGAAGAACGGUAGCAAUCGGAGCAGCGCCAGCUUUAAUCACGGCUCCUCCCAUCAGACGGAAAAGACCAUCAAGUUCGGCAACUGAUUGGGGUCUUUUCAAAACUACUUUUGUGCAAUACGCUCGAUGAUUUUGAGAGGAAAUCAUCUAAGAGAGUACAAAAAUCGGACGUGCAGCUAUUUUCCAUAUCGACCAUAUCCAUUACCUUAUACCACUAUUUUUUUUUUUUUGUUUACAUUUAAUUUGUAUUAUAUUUGAUUACGAUUUGUUGGAAAUAUUGUGUCACUAGUUGCUAUUAUUUAACGAAUACUGUAAAUAACCCACGGGCAAGAGUGUGUGUUUCCAAUAAAGCAUAUACAUAUGUACCUUAUAUAUAAAAUAAUGUCUCUACACAUAAACAAAAGCAAAACUGAUAAGAAAAUGAAAAUAUUUAGCUGCUUGCGUCAGCUGGCAAACACCGUCGGCCAAAUCCCAAUUACAUUAGAGCCGUAAAGAUAUCGCCUCAAGUGAUAGUGAUAGGGAUUGAUAUGAACGAGAAUAAGUCUCCGAAGACACUUUUAAUUAAGUGGGUACGCACCCAAACGACGAGGAAACGGGGAGGAAUGGCAACAUAAUCUUGUUUUUUUUUGCUAACCAAAUGCAGAAUGUUUUCGAUAGCAAUAAAAAUAGUUGUCCUAAACUGGCAUGCCAUGCCUCGUAGAAUUCGUAACUAACUGCCCUAUCCACAUGGAAUAUUCAUGUGUUUUUUGCAAACGUUCAUAAAGGAUGGUGAGUAUUUCCCAAUCAAAGUAUCAUUGCCAAUCCUCGCUUAACCCUAAUCCUUAACAGGUCUGCAUGGCGGCAAGAUGGGCACGUUGGUCAGGUCAAAUGCCUCGCUCUACGAAACUUAAGAAGACUUAUACGUCCGACUGAAACGUCAUGCCUACACGGGCAAGAAGAUAUAAUCCGAUAUACAUAAUCUGACAUAUUGAUGUAUAAAAUCUAUGUUUUUACAGAAAAGAGUGAUAGUGAUAGAUAAGUGCAGUAGAACAACAAUAAGCUUCAGAUCACCAGCUGCUUUAAUGUAAAAUGUUGUCAUAAAUAACGAAAUGGGUUGCAGGAUCAAGAAAACUGUCAGAACAUACACCCUGGAGAGCCUUACAUUGAAUCAACGUAGUAGCUGUGGUCCAUUUACGAUACAUCUAUAGUCCCCAUCUCGGAUAUUACUUAAUGCAAGGCUUUGCUAUCAAAGUCGAAAAUAGACAAGAUGGCUUCUAUGAGUAAUAGUAACUACCAAAUGUGCUCUUUAGGUAUGCAAACUACAUGAAAUUAAGUCGAACUUAUGCGUAAUUUAAUGAAUGAAAUAUUGUUUUAAUCUUAAGUAUUAUUUACUUAUACAAAAAACUUGAACUUACCAUGCUAGACGCGGUACCAAAUUGCAAUACAUAUAUGCUAAUAUAUAU